AUGGAGACCGAGUGGCAGCGGGAUCUCGCCGGCCUCGGGCUCGCCGGCAUCUGCCGCGAGACCAGUCGCGUGGUCCGCGUCAUCCUCCCCAACUUCGCCAACGUGGGUCCCGCGUUGCUCUCCGCGCUCUUGCUCGCCGGCGCCGCCUUCCUCUGCUCCAUUUUCUCCCGCGUCGCCUCCUACCUCGACGACGGCACCAGCCUCCCCCGCCUCGUCGCCGACUCGGCCGCCAUCGGCCUCCUCAUCAGCGCCAUCCUCGGGCUCUUCCUCCUCUGCACCGCCGCCUACGCGCUCGCCGUCGCCUCCCUCUACCGCACGGGCGGCGACCUCCUCGCCGCCGAUCGCAUCCUUAAGGAGGACCUCCCCGUCGGCCCUCUCGUGCGGCUCCUCUCCACGUUCCUCCUCGUGGCGGCCCCCUAUCUCCCAGUGUCUACCGCCCUCUCCGUCGCGGCUCUGCUCGUGCUCCAGGACGAUAUCACGCUGCCGCUGCGGCUGCUGGGAUGGGCAACGGCGGCGUACGUCGCCACGGUGUACCAGCUGGCCUGCGUGGCCUCAGUGCUCGAGGACACCGAACUCUUCGGCGCCGUGCGCAGGAGCCGGGACCUCCUCACCGGCAAGUUCUGGGCCGCCGCGAGCGUCCUCGUCACGCUGAACGGUUGCAUCAUCGCCGUGCUCGAGGUUUUCAAGGCGCUGGUACUUGACGACGCGCUGGACCUCGGCCUCGCGUUCCAGGUGACGGCGGCGGCGGCCGUGUUCGUGGCUCUGUGCGAGGUGCUCAUCGUCACGCUUGUGGCGCAGCCGGUGAUCUACAUGGUGUGCAUGAGCCACCACCUGGAGGUCGUCCACAAGGCCCACCACGACUAG